UCACUGUAACUGCUAUUCUGGCUAUAAAAUACAAAAGUAUUUUUUAUCACUUUAGAGUUAAAGCAAAAUGGAUCCGUCUGCUUUUUUCAAAGGUGGAGACGUUGGCCUUAAGUUUUUAAGGACUGAUGUCAUUGCAGAGAAAUUUGGAGUAGCUGAACCUCCAUUGAGGUUUUUUAUUGGAAUCAUACUUGGUUAUCCAAUGGCCAUAUGCUUUCUGUUGAUUUCAAAAACACCAUUUAUCAGACAUCUUUAUAUCAGUUUGUGUGGCAUAUUCAUAUCAUAUUUUUGCUUUGGUACAGACAGUGCAUACAUAUUGCUUUCCAUCAUUAUAACUUAUGCUUCAUUAAUUUUGUUUGGUGGUACGAUAUAUCAUGUCAUAUUUACCUUUGUAUUUCAGAUGAGUUAUUUGUUUGGUUCGUACCUCUUUUAUGCAUCAGACGGAUAUGAUGUGAAGUGGACAACACCUCAAUGCAUUUUAUGUCUUCGUUUGAUUGGUUUGGCUUGGGAUUGUUAUGAUGGAAAGCAACCAAAGGAAAAUUUGAGGGGUGACUUGAAGACUACAUGUUAUGAUAAAACACCAACUUUAGUUGAAAUUUUAGGCUAUUCCUACUUUUUCGGAGGUUUUAUGGCUGGUCCUCAGUUCAGUUUUCAGAGGUAUACUUCAUUUAUCAAUGGAAGCCUUGUGGAUGAAGAAGGAUUGAGAACACCUAACUCAAGAUUUGUGACUGCAUUAAAGCGUACUUUGGUUGGCAUUGCUUCUAUGCUAGUGUUUUUGCAGUACGACCAUGCUUUUCCAUGCAAUGCCUUGCUGACUGAAGAAUUUGCGAAUAAGUCGUUUUUGGCAAAAUGCACCCAGAUCACAUUAACGUAUCAUAUUCAUUUUUGCAAGUAUGUGAGCAUCUGGUCCUUUUCGGAAAGUGCGUGCAUAAUUACUGGUCUCAGUUACAAUGGAACAAAAGAUGGCAAAUCCAAAUGGGAUGGUGUAAGGAACUUCAAAUUCCGUACAGUGUUAUUUGGUCCUUUUUUCCAAGAUAUGCUUGAGGGAUUUAAUAUAAAUACAAGUCAGUGGGCUGGAAGAUAUGUGUUUCGUCGAUUGAUGUUUCUUAGAAAUAAAACUGUUUCACACAUACUUACCUUGCUCUUCCUUUCACUGUGGCAUGGAUUUUAUGUUGGAUAUCUCAUUCUUUUUGGCAUAGAAUUUUUACUGAUUAUUGCAGAACGCCAGUUUUGUGAUGCAAUUAGAACUUUAUUUUCUAUGACAUAUGCAGAACAGCCUUUGUACAUAAAGUUGCCGAUUAGAUUGUGUAAUGCAUUAUUUCGUGCUUAUGCAUGUGGAUUUGCUGCCAGUGCUUUUAUGUUGUUGAGAUGGAGAAGGAUAAAAUUGGUAUAUGCAGCUGUGUCAUAUUGGCUUAUCAUUGUUAUUGUUUCAUGGUAUAUAGUGAUUAUUAUACUUCAAACGAUUAUCAAGUCAAAAAGGAAAGAGAAAAAAGAAGAAUAAGCACCUUGUUUCGACAGCUUGCUGUUUAUAUUUUGAAAACUUUUAAACAUGUUUGAUAUGGAUUUUCCUAUUGUUUUAAUAUGGUGAUAUAAUAAUGCUGCUAUGGUACUUCAUUAACUGGUAGGGUAAAAAGUCAUUUCAAUUAAGUUUCUGUGUAGCUACUCGGGCUGUUAUCAAUUAAAUUUAUCAGACGAUAUCCGUUUCCAUUAUACAUCCAACAAAUCUUUUUGAGGUUGUUUAUAGAGUUGAGAAACAGUGGAAGCAACGUUAAGAUACUUCUGAUUUCACAAAAGUUUUAGUUUAUCCAACUAUUUAGUAUUUUUAGAAUUAUAUAUUUUUGGAGUUUUCAGAACAGGAUUUCAUUGUUCAUAUUUCAUUGGCUUAGACUGCUGUUUUUGUUUUUGUUGUAUGACUUGUUAUAUUUACGUUACGAUUGUUUUUCAUGUAGUGAUUUUUCAGUUUGUCACUAAUCUGUUGUUUCUAUAUUAUUUUAAAAUAUAAUUUUAAACUUUU